UUUUGUCAUUUAGUUUCCCUCCAAAGCGUGCAGUUUCCCGAGGGGAAGGGGCUAUAAGGGUUCCCAAAUCCCAUGUCCUGUUCUCUCAGACACCUCAUGUUUCUGGGCAAAAGUUUCCACUCUUCUAGAGAAAAUAUCUGCACCCAGGAACAUGAAGAGGCAGAGGAGUACGGGAGAGAGCAGGCCGCCGGCGAGGAAGGCCAAGAGGAGGGAGGAGGAGAAAGCGGUGGCGGCGGUUGAGGAGGAGGAGAAGAAGAAGAGGGAGUGCCGCCGGGAACAUGUGGCGGCAGAGGAGGAGGCGGAGGCACGGUGGUGGAGCGCCGCGGACGAGCAAAUGUCGUGGGGGGCGUUCUGGUGCCCAUCAUGGGAUAUAGAGUAUCUGGCCGGCGAGGCUUACAACACUCUUUACAGCGACGUCGCCUGGGACGACGACAUAUGGGAUCUCAGAGCCAUCAACCAAGUUCCAAAUUAAUCAAUAUCCAUCAAUUCCAUGAGAGAUCGAUAUAUGGGUUUGCUUAAUUUAAUGUUUAAUUUGCAGUUUCAGUUUUAGUUACUAAUCAAAGUUUAGGAUUCUAUUCAUGGAAACAUCAGUUUUGUUCUUUUAAUGGAUUUAGAUCGACUGCA